ACCAGAGGGCUGCCCCUCUAAAGGUAUGUUUAGAGUAUCAGGACACGAGUGGAAUUAUGUUUGACUACCGAGUUCCAAGUUAUACAUUACGUUAUUCAUUACAACGUCGUUUUUAAAUAGUUCACCUCUGUAAUCAUAAAUAUGCAUCGCACAAUUGCAGUAUGCACCUGCAUCUUAUUUGGUGAGUUAACUUGUCCAUGCGUUUGAUUCUAAUUAAUGAAAAUCGGGCUAUACUAAUUGGUAAAUUUUAGGGAGGCCUUAUUGGUUGCUCUAUAUAGUUUUUUUAUCUACUUUUCAGAUUUUAAAUGGCUGACUCAGAUGAUGAGUCAGAUCGUCGACGAAGUCGUGAUAAGUUCCGCCGCGAGCGGAGUGAUCACGAUGGACGACGUCGUCCAGGUGAUAAACGAGAACCCUUCGACGACCGGCCAGCAAAUGCAGAUGAUCAUCGUGUGCCAGGUGAACGAGGACGUUCUCCAAAUGCGGAGCCACCGUAUAAAAAGUCACGAAAGGAAUCCAACGAGGAUUAUAGGUCGAAUUCCUACUUGCGCAAAGACAUAAAGAGCUCUAGUACCACAGAGUAUGACAGUAUAUACAGGCCCCCAGUACUCCCCUUCAAACGAUUCCUUGAUCCCCUAGAUGAUUUGAUAACUGAGGAGGAAGCUUGCAAUAAGUACAAAGAGUACAAGGAAGGCUACAUGAAGCGUCAUAUCGAAGAGUUUUUUGAGGCUCACAAAACUGAAGAGUGGUUACGUCUUCGUUAUCAUCCUGACUAUAUGGAUGAAAGGAAAAAUGCCCUCAGUGCAGCAGUUAGACAUCGUCUAGAAGUUUUUAUGGAGCUUCUGCAAAAAGGCUUUUUCGAAAAUCAGUCUGUUCAAAUGGACAACAGUGAAAAUCUCAUAAAACUUAUGGAUGCCGUUGUUAUUAAACUAGAAGGUGGAUCCGAUGAAGAUUUAAAAAUAUUGGAUGAGGUAGAUCGUGCCAAAUACUCUGAUGAGGACUUACAUCGAUCAUCUCAGACUUCAGGACCAAUUUGUUGCGAUAAUAAAAGCGAAGGAGAGGCUGAUACUGAUGAUAACUUUGAUCAUGAUCCUUCUAAUUCCGAAAAUCGUCGAAAACCAAAGGAAGAAUCUUUCACACAAGAUUGUCCUAUAGGAGAAGACCUGGCAAAUCGCAGACGAGUACGGACUACGUCCAACAAGUCAAGUAGUUCUGUCCAUUCACAUAGUAGCCGAAGUAGUGACAGUGGUUCUUCAAGUGAAGGUGAACAAAAUGAGGAUUCUGAACCUGAGGCGGAAGAAACACAUAAGACUAAUGAAUUCAGUGGUGUAUGCGAUGCUGUAAAAGCUGAUGAAGUGGAAGAUGACGAUGUGCCGACUCCUACGACUGCUGAAACCCCAGGAGGGUGUAAAAAUGAAGAUCAUGAUGUUCCUUCACUUGUUAACUCUGUCAAUGAUUCAUCUGAUAAACGCUCGAAUUUGAGUGAUUCUUCAAAUACUACUCAGUUGAAGUGUUCAAAUCCACCAAAGCUGUUGCACAAAACAGCGUCAAUAUUUUUUCGUGCAUUGCCUUCAACUAUAACGGAAGGCGAAUUAAAAGAGCUUUGUGCUUCUCAGCAUGGAUUCAUAAGAUUGGCUCUUUGGGAACCUGUUCCUGAGCGGCGGUUUAUGCGUCAUGCAUGGGCAACAUAUGAUCCAUCUGUAAACAUAAAAAAAGUGUGUUGGGCGUUAAAUACCAGUAGCCUUUUACGGGAAAAACUUGACCUUCCAAAUGGAGAGUUAGGUGCUACAGUGAACCGUGAUUUAGCUCAAAGAGUCCGUCCUCUUACCCCACUUACACGUCACAAAACAGUUAUGAGGCAAGAUUUACUCUUAGCAGCACAACUUGUCGCACGUCUGGAUGCUAAACAUAAUUUAUGGACACAUUUAGAGAAUUCUGGGUCUUGUGAUGCUUUAAAUACAAUUGAAAAACUUAAAGCUGUUAAUGGUGAAUCUGAAGCCCUGGAAAUGGCUAUUAAAAGUAAAAAUCCAUUGCUAAAAAAUCUGACUGACUACCUGGUUGAUGAGGGCGGGAGUGAAGAAGAAGCACUGAUAGCUGAAACUCACGGAGAUGGCGAUGGAUGCGAUAAUAAUGUGGUCGGACGCGUGCAUACUGUGGCAUUAGAAUCUGAUCCAAAUUUGGCUCAUGUUUUGGAUUUGCUGAUACUUUACUUACGUGUUGUUCAUUCUAUGGACUAUUAUGCAGCAGCUGUCUAUCCUAUGGAGGAUCUUAUGCCUCAUCGGUGUGGAAUUCUUCAUGCCAGAGGUGAUCGGGGUAUUAAUCCUUCGGUUCCUGGUGGUCGUACUAGUAGCCUAGCUUUCACUCAAAGAGAAAUAAAUGACCACUUACAGAGUUUUGCAUUGAAAUUGAGGACUCUCAUUGAUGUGCCAAAAGAUUUAACCGAAGAGGAGAUGAAAAAGUUAGGAAUGAGAGAUCCUGAAAAAGCCGCAGAAGAUUUUAUAGAAGCCAAUAUUCAGAAAAGGACGGGCAAAAAGAAACCAUCAAAAGUGGUUUGGAUUUGUCCUUUGUCGGAUAAAAAAUUUCGCGAACCUAUCUUCGUACGAAAGCAUAUAUUCAACAAGCACAUGGAUAAGGUGGAGGCGGCUAAAAAAGACAAUGCAGUGUUUUUCAACAAUUACUUGAAAGAUCCGAGACGUCCAUCACUUCCUGAAGCACCCUAUCAUUUGCUAAAUCAGUAUUAUCCUUCUUUGAGCUCAAAUUCAAACAGCACUUAUAGAGGUAGAGGUUCUGCACGAGGUUCCAGUGGAAGCUAUCGAGGCUACAGGAACAAUUCACUUCUCUCGUCAGCCCCAAGUUAUAUACGUAGUUCUGGAUCUUUUCAGGAUUAUUAUGAUGCGGCAGCUCAACAACAACAGCAACAAGCUAUGGCAGCAGUAGCCGCGGCUGCAGCAGCAGCUUUAUAUCCAAACGCCGCGACAGCAGCUGAUUUGUAUGCAUUAGCUGCAGCAAAUGCACCUCGAUCAGGUCUAGGUAUGUCUAGACGCGGUCAACGAGGUACAUCGCCAUCAUCUCAUGAAUACAAUCAUCGACCAUACAGUUCGCUGGAAAACCGUCGAAGACUACCUACAAAUUAUGCUGGCAAUAGACGUCCAUACGGUUCAGGUGAACGUAGUAUGGUAUCGUAUAAUGAUUUGGAUGAUCCAGGAAUUGAUGUUUAA